UCUGCCUCUCCAUCGCCAGCCCACGUCUGUGAGGUUUGCCAUCGCUGCGUCCAAGCCUGGUGCCGUCACACGCGUGCCAGAAAAUGGCCACCUGGCCACUGUCCGUGUCGCCUUGGCUGGACUGUCAAGCUGCCAACGGCAGCAGCGCCGCCAAUGGGUUGGCUGCCAGCCAUCACACAGCCCGGCGGCCAGUCCCAGCCUUGUCCUGGCCUGGUGCUUGCUCAGCUCAGCCUGGUUUGCGCGUGCGCCUGGCGGUGCCACUGGUACUGUGUACCGCACCAGACGUUGUCGGCAGCACAGCCAACUCGCUCUCACAACCGACUUGCCCUUUCCGACUGCCUCGUGCCCACGCCACGGAGCCUCUGUUGCUGGAGGUCGCACUUGUCUAACACUCUCUGGAUAGUAUCUCUGGACAGGACUCGGGUUUCUUACUUCCGCGUCUGGCAGGUUAGGCUGCUACCAACGACAACUGCAGCUCACCAAGCCGUGGCACAACAACAACAACAACAAUGGGUAAGUGGUAUACGCAGUGUCCGCAACUGGGGCGCAUCGCUCAUACCGUCACCCACGGUCCUCUGCUUCGCCGAGUGGCCACGUUAUGUCGUGGGUGCUGACCGUCCUCUCGGGCGGGCGGUUCGCGAUGCCAACGAGCCAGCAUCUCAGGCACACCUUGAGCGUCACGUCGCAAAGCCGAGCCGCCCCUGUCGCAACCCCCUUCGAGACCGUCCACUCCAGUUCGCGCCCUUCCGCCCGCCUGCGCGAACACCACAUGCGAGCGAAUGGCCUGCAUGCGCUCGCCUUCUUCCGCAAGUCUUCCGCGUGUCCUCCUCACACCAAUAUGGGGCCGGUCCUCUGCGCCUAGCAUCACCGUUGCGGCUAUCAGGACAGAUGCCUUCUCCCGCACUGCGUGCAACCACUGCGCCGAGCUUGUAGAAACGCCCAGCGGCACCGGCUCCCUCCUACCUCUUUACACGCACCGAUUUCACCCAGUCACACACACAAAGUUUUCUCGCUCUCUCUUGCUGUUCCUAUCCCUGCAUUUCCCCUCUCCACCCAGGCCG